CCGGAGUGCGUCGAUGUGACGGCAGGACACGGGGCCGAAGCCCGGCCGUCGAAACAUCACUUGCUAAAAAAAAAAAAAAAAAGAAAACCCACGCAGAAGUUAAUUUCUAACGGAUGUAGGCGGAUUUUUUGGGUUAGGGUUUUCAGUAGAUGCAGGUCUUCGGAGACGGAUUUAGGGGAGAGAGGGGGCGCGCGCGCUCGUGCACGUGUGUGUUUCUUGAUGCGAUGGGAUUUGCUACUUUGGCGUGAAGAGGCGGACCUCUGAGACGCCGCGAGCUCACUAUGCUGGAGCCGUCCGUCCCCGGCGCUCGUGUGCUGUACGUGAAAGUACAGGGACUCCUCUGCCCCGACCCGCGGGCCUACGCGGGGAUUCCGACGCGCCGCACGGCGCCACCCAAAGCCCACGGAUACCCCCGGUAGAAAAGACCCAAAAACUACGAGGCAUUUUCCUGCCAUUUGGUCUGUUUUUUUUUUUUUUUUUUUUGGGGGGGGGGGGGGAGACAGGGAAGACAGGGAAGACAGGGAAUUCCUUCAGACAAGGCUGCAUGUGCUUUGCUAACUUUCGGUGUUCAUUACGCGGUGUUUUUAGUCCCCUCUAAUAUAUAUGUGUGUAUAUAUGCAUUUAUCUCUCUAUAUAUGUGUAUAUAUUGGUAGAAUUAGACAUGGGGGGCUGCCUCGUCGCUGGCAACAGUCUCCCCUCCGGAACAGCCUGUAAACCCAUCAGAGGAUUCUUUUUAAAUGCCCUUUAGUAGUUCGGCUCGUCGUUAACCGACCAUGAACUCUUAUUUUCUAGGUAUUUUAAACUCUUCCGUGACCUCCCGUCUCAGCUGUUAAGUCGUUUUUUUCUGCGGGGAUUUUUUCUUCUUUCUCCUGGAAGUUGGUGCAUUUCCAGGUGUCUCUUCUGCCCGAGACACCCCGCAUUCACCCGGCUUAAAAAGACUGCUUUAAAAAAAAAAAAAAUCAGCACCCCCCCCCCCCCCACCCCCCUUUUGCCCGGGAUCACCCCAGUCAUCCCCGCUCCCAGUCCCGCGGAUGCCAGUCCACUAAGCUCUUCCUCCACCAUGAGUUGCGUGCACACGGCGCUCAAUGUUUUGCUCCGUGGACUCGUCAUCUUUGCGGUACUCGGCUCGGAGCUCACGCACUCCACGCACCUCUCCGGCCACGCGUCCGAUGCUGCGACUGUGGCCCCCGCAGACCCCUGUCUCAUAGUGACGCCGCCAUGCAUGGGCGACGACGACCGCUUCAGCCUGGAGGGCCUGCGGCACAUCCACCAACAGCUGGACGACGACCACGACGGGGGAAUAGAGGUCCACGAGAGCGUGGAGUUCAUCAUCGAAGACAUGAAGCAGCAGCAAACCAACAAACACAGCAACCUGCACCGCGAGGACCAGCACAUCACGGUGGAGGAGCUGUGGAAGGGCUGGAAGGCGUCUGAAGUGCACAACUGGACCGUGGAGGAUUCGGUGCAGUGGCUGAAGGAGUCGGUGGAGCUGCCGCAGUACGAGAAGAACUUCCGAGACUUCCGGGUCACGGGGAACACUUUACCUCGAAUGGCGGCAAAUGAACCGUCGUUUAUGUCGAUGCAGUUGAAGAUACUGGACCAGCGGCACAAACAAAAAUUAAACCUCAAGGCACUUGAUGCAGUGCUUUUUGGCCCUCCUCUCCGUGCACAACACAACUGGAUGAAAGACUUCAUCCUGAUGGUUUCCAUAGUGAUCGGCGUCGGGGGCUGCUGGUUCGCGUAUGUGCAGAACAAGUCCAGCAAGGUGCACAUGUCUCAGAUGAUGAGGGACCUGGAGAGCCUGCAGAACGCGGAGCAAAGCCUCCUCGACCUGCAGAGCCGGCUGGAAAAGGCUCAGGAGGAGAACCGGACUGUUGCCGUGGAGAAGCAGAACCUGGAGCAGAAGAUGAGGGAUGAGAUCAACGGCGCCAAAACGGAGGCCCAGCGGCUCCGGGAGCUGCGAGAGGGCGCCGAGUGCGAGCUCAGCCGGCUGAAAUACGCCGAGGAAGAGCUGGUGCAGGUGCGCAAGGCCCUGAAGCGGGCGGAGAAGGAGAUGCAGUCGGAGCGCUCGGUGCCCGAAGCGCUGCAGAAGUGGCUGCAGCUCACGCACGAGGUGGAGGUUCAAUACUACAACAUCAAGAAGCAGAACGCCGAGUUUCAGCUCUGCAUCGCCAAAGACGAGGCAGAGAAAAUAAAGAAGAAGAGAGGUUCUGUGUUUGGAACCCUCCACGUGGCCCACAGUUCGUCCCUGGAUGAGGUGGACCACAAGAUACUAGAAGCAAAGAAAGCCCUGUCGGAGGUGACGGCGUGCCUGCGGGAGCGGCUGCACCGCUGGCAGCAGAUCGAGAAGCUCUGCAACUUCCCCGUCGUCAACAACUCGGGGCUGCCGAGCCUGACGGCGAGCCUCUACUCGGACCACAGCUGGGUGGUGAUGCCGCGCGUCUCGGUGCCGCCGUACCCCAUCGCCGGAGGGGUGGACGACCUGGACGAGGACACGCCUCCCAUCAUUCCGCAGUUCACCACGGCCACGUUGAUCCGGCCCUCGCUGACGCGCAGCAGCAGCCUGUGCCGCUCCCGCCGCAGCCUGCUGAGCUCGCCGCAGACCUCGCUGAUGUCCGCCGACCCCGACCUGCUGUCCAUGGCCGGCUCGUCCCUCUCCUAUCGCGCCGAGGCCGACGACGAACAUAUCAUGUUCAGCUCGGAUAGGAGGGGGUAUGUAGCGGUGGCCGGGACGCCGCGGAAUGGUUUUACAGUUUGGACCCACAGGGACCCGUCUCAGGAGGGCGGCUCCGACACGGACUCCCUCAGCUCGUCCCUGGGCCGCAAGCAGCUGCACAACCCCUGCACGCCGGCCUCGGACACCCCGUACCGGAAGAUCUCCCGCGAGGAGCUGAUGCUGUUUACCCAGAGUUCCGAGCUUCCCGCGUCCACCCCGGCCACGCCCACAACGCACAGCAGCAGCAGCAGCAGCCUCAGGGACUCCACGCCUCCUCCGGCUCCUCCCACGGCCGCCACCCCCUCCGGCCCGCCCUCCACCUCGCCCUCCCCGUCCUCGGAGCGCCGCUCGUUCGCACACAGAGGCUCGCCCGACCUCACCCGCGUCAUCCCCGAGUCCCAGAGCCUGACCUUCUCCCAGGGCAACGCCGCGGCGGCGUCCGGCAAGGGCGCGUACAACGGCAUCCUGGAGAAGUCCUACAGCUUCGGCCAGCUGCCCGCCGGCAUGCUGCCCAGCGCGGGCCGCCACCCGUCUCUCACCUCCCUGGACUCGGAGGGCCGGAGCGCGGGGAGGGAACACAAGCUGCAGAGCACCUCCUCCCAGGACUCCAGCGACAAUGGAGAGAGAAUCAAGCGCUCCUCCUCUAAAAUCAAAAGCUUAUUUAAAAAGAAAAAAUAAUAAUUAAAAAUAAACUAAAUAAAAUUGUUGUUUUAGCACUAAUACUGAACAAAAAAAUAUAAAAAUGGACAUCACUGUAAGCUGAAACAUUUCACUUUCUCUCCAUUUACUUUGGUCAUCAAAGAUGGAAUGUAGCUCAGUCUGGGUGCCUUUAAACUCCUCAGGCUGGUAGCCUUAUUUUUCAAUAAUGCCUUUUAUUUAGUUCACUCAUAUCAUUGCAGGGUAACCCGCAAGAGGUCAUGGAAAGGUCAACGGUCACAAUUUUUGUCAUCCAGACAGCCCAAAAAAAAAAAAA